AUGUUCUGCACCCUCAACACGCACAAGGUGGACAUGGAGAAGCUGCUGGGGGGACAGAUCGGCCUCGAGGACUUCAUCUUCGCCCACACCAAGGGCCAACGCAAGGAGGUCGAGGUCUUCAAGUCCGAGGAGGCCUUGGGCCUCACCAUCACCGACAAUGGCGCCGGCUACGCCUUCAUCAAGCGCAUCAAGGAGGGCAGCGUCAUCGACCGCAUCGCCGUCAUCGGCGUGGGUGACAUGAUCGAGGCCAUCAACGGGCAGAGCCUGGUGGGCGCCCGUCACUACGAGGUGGCCAAGAUGCUCAAGGAGCUGCCCAAGGGCCGCACCUUCGCCCUCAAGCUCACCGAGCCCCGCAAGGCCUUCG